UUGGUGUGUUAUCUUGACUGGUACCAAGGAUUAAGGUCGUUGGGCUCAAUUGCCUCUUCCAGAAAUAUUCUAUGGGACUCCUAAACCUGUUGCUGUUAUCCAUGAAAGUUAAUGAAAGUAAAAAAGUAACAAGACAUUAAAAACUAAUAAGAAAUGAUCUUUAAGUUACAUUAGAUACAGUUAGAGGCUAGAAUAGUGUUGUGGGAUGGUGUUCAGUGGCCGCCAGUGAUGCUCUCUCGUCCUCGGCGGCUACUAGCAGGAGUCGUCUGCAGCUACGUGUACAUAAACACAGUAAAGGGAAUGCUGACAGCUCCAACAAACUUUUUUAUUUUUAACAGAAAGAAUCUUGAUAAACUAAAUUGAUAAGAACGUUAGAUACUUAUUACAGGAGCAUACAGGCUCUUGUGAUAUUUGGCCGUGAGAAGAGUAGAAGAAUUAGUCCAGUUAAAGAUGGAUUACUUCAGAUCUGUCACCCAGAGUGUGUUGGGGACCCCACAGCCUGGCCACCAGCCCACCGGUGCUGAGACAGUAGAACGGCUGAUAGACAGAGUUCAAUCAUCCACGCUCCUGGAGGACCGCCGUGAUGGCUGCAGAGCACUUAAAGCCAUGUCACGGAAGUACAGAGUUUUAGUUGGAGCUCAUGGGAUGGAUACACUUACACAGGUCCUGGAGGCAGACAGGAGUGACCAUGAGAUUGUUAAUUAUUCCUUAGAGACUCUUGUUAAUAUCACUUCCCCAGAGGAAUAUCCAGAGGAAGCAGAAGAUGAAGGUAUAACCACAGAUGACCAGACAUCAGCUGUAGGAGAGCAGUUUACUGAGAUAUUCACCAAGCGUCAGGAGAACAUAGAACUCUUGGUCAGCCUCUUGGAUGAGUUUGAUUUUAAAGUGCGUUAUCCUGCAGUCAAACUUCUCACUAAUUUGCUCGAAAAUAGACCAAAGGAUCUACAAGAAGUGAUUCUAGUUAUUCCCAGUGGUGUUUCCAAGCUGAUGGAUCUACUGUCAGACAGCAGAGAAGUCAUCAGAAAUGAUACAUUAUUACUUCUGACACAACUUACAAAAAGCAACACCAACCUUCAGAAGAUUGUAGCUUUUGAGAACGGUUAUGAUCACAUGUUUGAGAUCAUCCAGGGUGAGGGGUUUGCUGAUGGUGGUGUGGUGGUGGAGGACUGUCUCAUACUGAUGCUCAAUCUUCUGCACAACAACCCUUCAAAUCAGACUUUCUUCAAGGAAGGGAGCUACAUUCAGCGACUUACAUCAUUCUUCUCAUUGCCUCUGGACUCGAAAGAUGGUUGGUCAGCACAAAAGGUCACCAAUAUCCACUAUAUGUUACAGCUAGUACAGACGAUGGUAGCUCCUCAGAAUCCAGCUCAAGCAGUUGCAUCGUGUCAGAAGUUAAUGAACCGGUGUGGACUUCUGCAGGCCCUGGCUGGUCUGCUCAUGGCCUCAGGUGUCCCAGUAGACAUUCUGACUGACACCAUCACUACUGUCUCAGACAUGAUCCGUGGUAGUCAGCCCAAUCAAGAAUUUUUUGCUAGUAUGAUGGCACCUUCCACACCACCCAGACCAGCCAUUGUUGUCUUACUAAUGUCUAUGGUGAAUGAUAAGCAGCCCUUCAUUCUGCGGUGUGCAGUCCUGUACUGCUUCCAGUGCUUCCUCUACCGCAACCAGACUGGACAAGCUCAGAUUAUUCAGACACUUUUGCCGCAGACUGCUGAUGUUGUACCUGGAGCUAAACCUUUUCCAAACUCAGUGACAGCGGGACAACUCCUGUGCAGUGGGCUCUUCUCACCAGACCCGGUCUCCAACUGGUUUGCUGCAGUAGCUCUGAGUCACUCCCUAGUUGAUAAUAACACACAGAAGGAAAACAUGUUGCGAGUACAGUUAGCUACCAGUGUGGGAAGUCCACCUGUGUCACUCAUGCAACAGUGUACCUCUAUUCUGCAAGCUGGAACAAAAGUACUCACUCGUUUUGGCAUCCUCAUGCUUCUUUCCACCUGGUUGGCUCAUUGUCCUGUUGCUGUACAAACUUUCCUUGCCAUACCUACGGCAGUCCCAUAUCUGACUACUCAUGUAGGUGCCAAUGAGCAUGAUGAACUGGAGAUGGUUUGUCAGGGUCUCUGUGCAUUCUUGCUUGGUCUCUGUGUCCAGUUUAAUGAUGGCAGUGGCAGUAACUUUUCAAGGGAAAGUCUCAAGCAACUUGUGACUGAUCGUAUUGGUGCAGAGAAUUUCAGUGAUAAACUAAGUAAUAUUUCUAGAACUGAAGUAUAUACAAAAGCUGCAAAAUCACCUCAACAGGCAGCCAAGCAACCUUCAGAUCUAGUGUUUGAUCACGAAUUCUGCAGACUCUUCAAGAGUUUGGAAGUAUCAUGUGUACGAGCAGUAAAUCCUCAGCUGAUGGGUGGCAACAGCACGGAGGUGUGUCCAGCAGAAGUCAUUAAAUACAAAGACAUAAUACGUGACCAAGAUGCUGAGAUGAACCAGCUGAGAGAGAUCUUGUCAAAAGUCCAGAAAGAAUUGAAAGAAUUUGAAAUUGAUAAAGAACAACUGUCAGCCAAAGUCCAACAACUUCAUGAUGAAAAUACCGUGCUGAAAGCCCAGCAAGGUAUUGCAGUAGAAGCUACAGGCUCAUCCGCACAAGUUAAUAAUUCAGAAACAAAGAUUGACGGCGGUGCUGGUGGUGGUGAACAGUUAACUCAACAAAUGGCACUCUUGCAGCAGCAGUUGGCUGAAGUAACCCAUGCAAGGGACUACUAUUAUUAUGAAAUGUACAAGAAGAAUACUGAACUGACAACCUUGCAACAGCAGCAGCAGCAACAACUAGAACAGAAACAGCAAGAGCAGCAGGAGCAGUCAGUUCAACAGGCAGCAGCUAUUAAUGGCCCACAGGUAAACAAUCACCAUGACAUGCAAAAUGCAGCCAACUUCUUUGACACUCUUCCUAACCCUGAGAUGGAAAACCUGCGUAAACAGUUAGAAGACCUGCAGCUCGUCCUCUAUAAUAAGGACUCGGAGAUACAACAGUUAAAGGAAACAUCUGCACAAACUUUAGCACUCACAGCAGCAGUAGAGAAACCAAAUGGAUUGACUGAUAAAGAAGCAGAGAUCUCCAAAGAAGACAGAGAUAAAGAUGCGAAUAUGAUAAACACUAAGCUAGAACAGGAAAACAUAUCACUAAAACAGGAAGUAAAAGAUGCUGAGACUCAUAUAAAACAGCUCCAAACUCAGCUUGCAACAGCAAGUGCAGCAGCAGCAGCAGCGGGAACAAGUGCAGGAUCUGCAACUGAGGCAAGAUGCAGGCAAUUGGAAGAAGAACUGCACACCAUUAAGGGAGAACAAGACGACCUCCUAGUUUUGGUGACUGAUCAGGAUAGCAAGAUGUCUGAAUACAGAAGGAAGCUAAGGAGUUAUGGUGAGGAUGUUACAGAGGAUGAAGAUGAUGAUGAGGAGGAUGAAGAUUAUGGCAUCAGUGACGAUUAUGACGAUGAUCUGGAAGACCUUCAGUGACAAAUGGUAUUCUCCUAAGGGAGAAUACAAUCAUUAGAAUACAAUCAAUUUAUACAUUACAUUAUAUGAUCACUUACUCAUUCUAAAAACAAGGAUGGCCAUCACAGGAAACACCUUCAUAUGUUCUUCAUCAUAGGAUUUUUGUUGUACAUUUUUACAAAUUUAAAUUAUGCUUAUAGAGACAAAAACAUACACACAAAUGUUGAAAAAGCACAUGUGCAGAUUAGACCCAUUGUUAUAGGUGCUUCAUGAUAUAUUUAUUAGAGCCUUUUUUAUUUCUUUAUACAUUCUUCCAUUAUGACAGUUCAAGAAGUAAAGGUCAAAGUUGAGACAUAGGCAGAGUGUCUAUAGAACUGUGAUAAUCAUUAACACUAAAACUCUAAAUGUUAAUGGUUCAGAACUAUUAAUGUAUUUUUUUAUUUAACUGUUACUGUGGGUAGAUGUUGUCUGGAUCUCGGCUCAGAGUAACCAACUUGUUGAGUUUUAGGGCAAUAAAUGUAGUACUGUAGUAUAGUGUAGUGAAGUUAGGAAGAACUAGAAGUUGAUGUAUUUUUAAUACUGUUAGUUGGGUCAUUUUAAGACCUACUGUAUAUCUCUUGUAAAUCUUUCAAAUGUAGAUAGAUUUUGAGGAAAAAAUUUUAUCAAGUUUUUGAAAUUUAAUAAUCCUCAUAGUAACAGCUGCUGCAAAUUUUAAUUUAGAAAUUAUUAUUAAUAAUUUGCUGUUUUUGGGCUUCAUGAUACAGGUAUAUAUUUAUAAAUAUAUAUUUUUUUAUUUUGUGGUUUAUACUAUAGUUUGAGAAUCCAUAUUCAUUGAUGAUGUGUAGGCUAGGUAGGAAAAGAACUUAGAAGUGGUAGCCAUGCAAAAAUGAUGGUAAUUGACUAUUUUAUUGAAAAUUAAGAUAUAUGUAACAUUAUAAGUUUUCAUUUAGAAUUAAUAUUACAAGUACCAUAAUAUAUCCCCUGCAUUUAUUUCAGUACAGUACUGUACGUGUGCGUGUGUGUGCGUCAUACACAAUAAACCCUCCCUAAAGCACGGUACAGUAUUGGGUUAGGUUUGAACAGGAUUUAAAUACCACGAAUUGUCAUUCACUGAAGCUUUUGGGAAAUAAAAGGUUACAUUCCAAGUCCCAAACUUAACGUAACCCAAAAAUUCACUUAAAUAUCUGGGUAUUUUUUUUUUCCAUAUCUUUUAUGUUUAGUGAGUCUAAGAGGUAUUCAGUUAAACAAUACACUGGCAGAACUUUGAGUAAAUCCAUGGAAAAGUUGAUAUAAACGUGUGGGUACUACAACAAGUGACAGGUUUGCUCCCCUCUGAGUUGCAAGAAACAUCAUCUACCCCACUCUGUUCUAACUGGAUCAUCUGAGUUGUCAUGCUUAUCUAUUAUGUGACUAACACAACAGUUCACUACCAGGGUAUAUUAUUCUUGAGAAAGUAUCUCCCUCCCUCUCUCUCAUUGUCCCCUUCUUCCUCUUCUUUACUCCUGGGAGGAAAAGAAGAAAAGGAAAGGGAGGGAGAGUCCCUUUCUUUCACUUAAGGAGGGAAGAAGGUAAAAGGGGAUAAAGAGAGGGAGAUUUCCUCUUUCUCUCUCUUGGCAUUAACUUACAAGUUUUAUAGAAAACAAAAAUUUAAUGAUGGCUCAUUUAAAUAGUGGUGUGUUCCUACAAAAUAUAAAACCCACAAUCAGAAAGUUAUGAAAAAAAAAAGUGAAGUUAUAGUCAAUGUAAUGGACUUCAGCUCUAUGGCAGACACAUAUCUUUCCCCUCCUCUGAGCCUGCAAGAAGCUCCACACCCUCCAUCUUUGGGCCAGAUUGAGUUGCAUUAUAUAUUUACCUUAUUUACGCCUUCCUUUUCUUCCUACCUCACGAGAACAAGGAAGAGCAGAAAGAGGGAGGGGGAAGGAAGUAAGAUACCAACACUGACAUUUUCCUGCCUCUCACUCAACAAUGGAGAAAGAAAGGGGGGAGAGAUUUUCCCUUCCUUCCAUUUUCUUCUCUCACAAUCUCUCAGUAAAGUGGAAGAGGGUAGGAGAGAGAGAAGGGAGUGAGAAAGUUGUCUUGUUGUAAAUGAUUUCUUUGUUUCUUACUCUUCCACAAUUUCUCUUUUAUAGGAAAAAACUAUUUUUGAUAAUAAAUACUUAAGUAUUGGGGUUUGCCUAUAGAAAAACAAACAAACAUCUGAUAACAGAAAAACUGAAAGAAUUAGUGAAGCCAGAGUCACUGUGGCUCAACCUACUGGUAAUCACUUGAGUAUGUUUGUUGGUCAGUGCAUGCAUACAUCAGACAGGGAGAGAGAGAGAGAGAGAGAGAUUACAGGUCGUGGUUUGCCCUAACUAAGACAUGGUGUGAUGAGUCUUGACCUUGCUCAGCUCCUUGUUUCUGCUGCACAGAUUGGAAAAUUACCAGGGGUAUGUUUAUUCAGCAUGAUCAUACUGUACCUGUAUACAGUAUAUGUGUAUAUAGAGUACAGGUAUAUAUAAAGUGGAAGAAGUAGUGCAGAAGUUUUGUAGGAUAUAAUUUGGUGCUAUGGGGCAAAAUUUAUUUAUUUGCCAUUUUUUUAUAUGAGACUGUUGUAAAUCAAAAGCAGUCUCAUAACUUCAGUCAUAAUUAUAUAUAUAUGUAUAUAUAUAUAUAUAUUUUUAUUCUUUACACAUUAAUAAGUACAGUAGUCUAUUAGUUUAAUUUGUUCUCUGUUAACAUUUUAGUUAUUGUGUAGUGAUUUUGAAAAUAUUAAGUCAAAGGUCAAGGUAAAAUUACAUUGAGGUGGGUUUUUUUUGUAGGGAAAUGGCUAUAUAUUAUACCAAUGCUCUUAUUGUUAACUGUGUCUUAAGUGCUCAUUUGAGAAUCAAUGAUAAAUGAAGUUAUCUCUGAUCUACUAAAUUAUCUUUAUUGUACAUACUGUUGUUUGGGUUAAUAUAUGAACAUUAAAGAACUACUGUAGUAGAAUUAAAUGCAAAAAUCAUACGUGAACUCCUUUGCUAUCAGACUGAAUAUUUGGUCAUUUGUUUGUACAGUAGUUAAGUCCCUGUUUAGUAAAAUAUACUACAAUACACAGAAUAGGUAAAGGUUAAUGUUUCAUAAAUAUGCUGACUUACUAUAAGGCUUCCAUAUGCACAAGAACUCUUUAUAUCAAGCAAAGGUAGAGAGUUGAUGGAAGAAACUACUGUCCAUAGGUUAGGAUAUUGAAUAGCAUACUAACAGUGCUAUGGCAGUAGAGCUCACUGGAAUAUCAAUCCGGUAAUUUUAAUUAGUAAGAUAAAUGCCACUAAGGCUUAUUUAGAUAUGUAAUGUUACUUAUUGUACAGAGUUUAAAACAAAUUAUUAUCUGUAUUUAGACUUUAUGCACUGUACACUGCUAACCUACAUCACAUUGUUGCAGUUUUGACCAUACAAUAUUACAGGUGUAUAUAAUACUUGGGGGUAAAAAAAUCUUUGCUAUGAAUAUUAUAAGUGUUGUGUGCUGUAGGGCUUUCCGGGUCUCUUAGUUUGGUGAAUCUUUUAUGAACAUGAGACAAGUGAUAAGUUGAUGUUUUAAGAUUCAUAUUAAAGUAGAUGUUUUCUUAAUGUUUGUCUGAAUUACAAAUAUCAGACUGAAUUCUUUAUAUGUCUGAAAACUAACAGCUAGUCAGUAGGUAUUGUGGAAGUAUAGUGGUACAUGCUGUGUAAAGUGUACUGUAUCAUUGUGUUUCAUCAUUCUUGUUAUUUGUGUGUUUUAGAGUUAAAUAUUCAUGUGUAAUGUUAAAGCUCAGGAAAGAUGACUAUAUAAAUGAAAUCAUUAUCCUUGCUCCUGGUCUUCAUGUACAGUACAUUGACCUUGGAAGCACUUGCAGGUUGUAUGUUAUUGAAAGAUUUGAUAUACAGUAUAUAUUCCAACUUUCCUCAUCAAGGUGACUUACAGGUACUUAUGAACUAUGGUACACUGUAGUUUGCUUGUUUGUAUCAUCAACAUACAAUUCCAUGACUUAAUUCUUUAACCAAAUUUGCUGGGCGUUGAAAAUGACAGCCACAACAAAGUGUGUUAUCACAGUUAUAGGAAGGUAGGAGAAGAAGACCUGUAUGUAUGUAUAUGUGUGUGUGUGUGUGUGCAAGUUGUAUAUGUGUGUGGUGCAAUAUAAAUAUACAGUAGCAGUGUAAAUAUCCUCUUAGUCCUUUUUCUUACUAUAUUUGAAGGCUUUUAAGUGGAAUUCACUGCUUUGAUUCUUUUUAUCUUCAAUCUAUUGCAUACAGCACUUUAAUAUUAAUUUCAGCAGACAUUUAAUAAACUCCUUGAUUAUUUAAUCCUCUUUAUGUCCUACAUACUGUACUGUACUUUUUUCAUGUCUAGAUCAAGUUUAUCCAGCACAAAACUAUUAUAGUGUAGUUCACUCUCAAAACUUUGUGGUAUUUCAAAUAACAACUAGAUGUUUUUUAUAACAUACAAUUCAGAGAACUUAAAUGAUGGGAUCUCAUGAUUUUGACCUGUGGUCUUUUCAAUGCUAUGUUGAACAACUUGAUGAAAUUUGGUGACAUUCCCAUAAUCAUUGGGGCAAAUAUCUGUGUUUUGACAAACUUUUAUCUAGAUGGACAAGACAAACUGACAUAACAAACAGCAUAUGUCCCUAAACACAGACACUGGGAUCGUGUAAGCUGCUGUAAUCACGAAGAAAGGCUUGUUGAUGGAAGGGAAGUACUGUACAUUAAAGUCCACUUUAAGUUGACAUAGUUGUUAGUGUAAGAAUCAGUUGCAUAGUAAACUUGGUCUUCUUUUGUAGUAAAAUUAGACUUAUGGGUAGUUUUAAUUCUGCUAAUGCAAGGAAAUGUACAGUAGUAGCAUUUGUUCAUGAAAGAAAUAGGUGUCAGCAGUUUGCCUAAUCAUUCCAAACUGUGACCCACUUAUCAAUACUGUAACUGUCCUCUUAAGUCACUGUAAAUCUUUAUUAACCAAAUACUUUAGGCAGCAGAAGAAUCACCAAUCAGCACAUGAGGCUCAUGAGGUGCAAGCUUAAUAUCCGAAUCCACUACUUUUUGUUAGUUGGUAAUAUGAGUUUUAAACCUCCAUCCAGCUGAUCAAUGAGAGCUAAAAGCUUCCAUCAGUGUAUAUCCAUCGAACAUUGAUAACAGUAACUUGAAUAAUUUAUGAGGGUUAUAAAAGUAUGGUGCCCAACUUGUGAAGGAUAUUUAUUGACCUGUUGAUUCUCACUUCAUGACAGGGCAGCCCCCAAGGGAAACAGUGUACUGUACUGUAUUUGUCACAGCUUUGUGCAGUAUUUAAGAAUGAUUCAGUUGUUAUUUAUAAGUUGUAAGAUACAUUAGAUGUCACACAACAAUGAUAAUGCAUACUUCUCAUUUGAUUGCUUUUGGGUAUCUAGUAGAUUUAAGCCAUAAACUGUUUAUUUAUUCUGUAUUCAAUAUAGUUUCCAACAGGUAUUGUCUCCUGCUUCCCAUUCUGUCUUUACAAUGCAGGUUUUCUCCAGACCCCCUGGUUUCAUCUUGUAUAGUACUAACACUGGCCCUAUAAAGGGCAGACUAAUUAGGAAUACUUGUAAUGGAGGAUGGAUUAAACAAGCCACCAGCUUCCCUCCCUUGGCAAGUAAUGAAUGAGAAAAGUUAAUAUCCAGACAAUCACCCAUAUUCCUCCUCCUCUCGGCUGUAAACUAGACUAUCAUUUUGUCCUUGUGUAUCACUUAUGAUCUCUACUCUUCUUUCCUCCCUGUGACGUACCCUAAUUUAUCCGUCCUGUGUAAAGUAAGUGCAUAAAGUCGGUUUUCAUUUUAGUUUUAUCCUAGACGACAAGGAAUGACUGACAUCCUUGAGGAAGUGAGUUGUCCAGAAAGUUGACACACAAUAAAUAAGCUCACUGAUGAUGUACAAUAUGUGUUAGACUUGUGCUAAGUGAAGGUCCCAAAGAUCAGUGGAUUCAGGUUUGGAAAAUACCAAGAGUUGUUACGAAUAAAGAGCGUAUGUAUAAUUCAUUAGAAGUUUUUCACCUCUUGAUGCUUAUAAAAUUUUGAUAUCAAUAAAAAAUUAUGUUGUUUCACACUUUUUGAUCACCAAUUGUACAAUGUGUCACUAACUACAUGCCCUACUGAUAAACACUGCAAUGUAUAUAUAUAUAUUUAUUCAAUUUUAUCUCAUAGUUCCAGAAACAAAAGCUGUAAAUGUAAAUAGAAUGUAUUUAUAGCAUGUGACUACUGUACUGUGUAUGUUUAUAUUAUGGAGAUUUAAAUUCUUAUUUGGAAGGAUAUUAAUCUGUGGAUCUUUCCUUUUUAUACAUUACCCUACUUGAUAGGCUCUCUUGAUACAUGGGUUGGUUGGUUUUCUUCGUCAUCUAAUGGCCGAACACCUUCCUUUAAUCAACUCGUGUGUUUCGCACCAAGUCCAUGAAUUGGAAACCUAGAUAAAUCCUCAAACAAUCGUACCUCGAAUUAAUUCAUUAAUUAGUUAAAGCGUCAAUUCACAGUUCAGCCAAGAACCUGAAGCUUUUGCUAUAGAAGUAACAACUAUCAUUUAAUGUGAAAAUUAACAAAUUUUAACACAGUAGUGUACAGUACACAUAUCUCCUGUCUGCCAUAUUGUAAUUCCAAACAUCAGUCCCUCCAGUACGAGCAGACUCGGCCAUGACGUGGGAUUUUAGGGUAAUUCCUUCCCUUCUUAUUUUGUUUUGAUUUUUUUCUUUUUAUUUGUUAUUAUCUAAGGCUUGUUAGUCAACCUUUUUUUUUAUCUUCUAAUAAGAAAGAUUUUCUGGUGUGACACAUACAUACUGUACAGUAUAUGUACUGUACAGUAUUUGGGAAAGAAAAAAUAUUGGCCAUAUUCCUUUUAAGUAAUUUAUCAAUUAUUGAUGGAUAUAGUCAAUAUUCUACAUUGUUAUAAGAAUUUAUUGUUAUACAAUAAAUUGCUGAAUUUUUA